AUGUCAAAUUUUUUCACUCGCGCCACUCUUCGGAUCACUCACAGCCUCUUCAUACUUGUUGUUAUGCGUCGACUUGUUGAAGAGCAAAUUUGGAUUGGAAUUAGUCAUAUCGGCACACUUGACUUCAACGUUUAUUCCUACCCCCAAAAUGAGGCUUUCAAAUUGCAGGCUAUUAGAAAUAGCUUCAAAUUAGUUCUCAAGGGACGUACGAUCCAAAGCGAGUUACUACAAAGCUUAAUAUACGACUUUACACACCUGAACCCCUCCCCAUCCCCUUUCACUCUAGCCGAAGUGAAUGGGAGCCAAAAUCGCAUUUCAAUUAUAUUCAUUACAAAAGCAAUCUUCUCAGAUCAAAGCUCUAUUAAAGCGAGGCUCGCGUGGCCCACAAACAAAGUCCGCAAAACAUGUGAAAACACCAUGUGA